AUGAGAUUUUUGUUUAAUAUAGUUCUGGCCACUGCCUCGGCAACGUUGUCAAUUGCGAACCCAACAUGGCAAGCUGAAGAACGAUGGUCGAAGCGGUCGUCUCCCGGCCACCAAAUCCCAGAUCACAUUUCACAAAGACCUUCAGUGUCCUGCCAUCCAAAAUUUCCGACCAGGCCCCCGCCGUCCCCCCAGUCCCGACACAAAGUUUGCUAUGUGAAAAGCCAUAACAAUGGCAUCACGGAUGAUUCAAACCACGUCCUCGAUGCCCUCAAUAAAUGCAAUAAUGGCGGCCGUGUCGUGUUUAGGGAAGGGACCAGAUAUACGAUUGGAACGGCGUUAGAUUUGACAUUUCUCAACCAUAUUGAUAUUGAUAUCCAAUCAUCGAUCGAGUUUAGCAAAGAUACCACAUAUUGGCAAGCUAACUCAUUCCGAUUCGGCUUCCAGAAUGUCACAUCUUUCUUCAAGCUUGGAGGACACGAUGUUAACAUCUACGGCGGCGGUACCGUCAAUGGCAACGGUCAAGUAUGGUAUGAUCUAUAUGCCAAAGAUAUUUAUACCUUGCGACCUGUCUUGUUUGGUAUUGACGGUCUCCAUGAUUCUAUUAUAAGCAACUUGAUCCUCCGAUACUCGCCUCAAUACUAUCACUUCGUGGCUAACUCCACCAACGUCAUAUUUGAUAAUAUCGAUAUCGCUGGAGGCAGCCAAAGCUCAAAUCCAGCCAAGAACACAGACGGCUGGGACACCUACCGGAGUUCUGAUAUCGUGAUCCAGAACUCGGUUAUUAACAAUGGGGAUGAUUGUGUUGCAUUCAAACCUAAUAGCACUAAUAUGCUUGUCCAAAAUUUAUUCUGCAAUGGCUCGCAUGGUAUCAGUGUCGGCUCUCUGGGGCAGUAUGUUGGCGAGUUCGACAUCGUGGAAAAUAUAUAUGUCUUUAACAUCUCCAUGCACAAUGCUAGCGAUGGUGCUCGGAUCAAAGUCUGGCCCAACACUCCCUCAGCCAUGUCUGGAGACCUCCAAGGAGGCGGUGGGUCCGGCAUGGUAAAGAACAUAACAUACGACACGAUGAUUAUCGAUAACGUUGAUUACGCCAUCGAAGUAGACCAAUGCUACGGACAAAAGAACCUCACUCUCUGUCUGGAAUUUCCUUCGCCUCUCACAAUCUCCGACAUUGUUUUCAAAAAUUUCAACGGGAAGACUAGCAAGCAGUACCAGCCUGAGAUCGGCACUUUUGCAUGCUCGAGCGCGACAGCUUGCUCAAAUAUAGUUGCGACGGAUAUUAAUGUGUUCAGUCCGAAUGGUACGAAGGACGCAUAUUGUCUGAAUGUGGACGAAGAGGCUUUGGAUGUUAAGUGUAGAGGGCCCUUCCUGGGGUUCAACUGA